AUGUCUAAUCCGUACGGGUAUGCAGCCGAUUCAUAUCAGCCACAGCUGAGUAGCAACUUACACCAUCCACAACCUCAUUAUACGCAACCAAUUUCUCCGGCAACAGCAGCAGCAGCAGCCGCAGCAUCAGCUGGCACUGGGCCAGCACAACAGCACCAACAGCAACAACAACAACAACAAUUUUCACAGCCGGGUCAGCCACAGUUUGGCACUUUUCUCAACGAUCCAGCUGCUGCUCUAGCCUCCCAAUUUGCCAGAUCUGGGUUCCAACAGUCCAACCAAUACAUUCAAGAGAACUUUGGCUCAUUUUCGGGUGACAUCAAGUACUAUUUCCAAGUUAGUAACUCCUAUGUAUUGAAAAAGAUCUUGCUUAUAUUGUUCCCAUUUCGCCACAAAGAUUGGACUAGAAUAUUGGCAAAGGACAAUGGUCUGGGCCAAUACUUGCCUCCUGCGUACGAUGUCAAUGCCCCUGAUUUAUACAUCCCAAUAAUGUCAUUUGUCACUUAUAUUUUAUUGUGGGCCGCUUUCCAAGGUUUGAGUGGAGAGUUCCACCCACAGCUAUUUGGAUACUUGGCUUCUCAAACAUUGGCUUUUGCAGUGUUGGAUGUUGCUGUGUUCAAAGUUGGCUUAUAUUUAUUAAAUUGUUCUCAAAUCAAGAUUUAUGAUAUUAUUAGCUUCUCCAGCUACAAGUAUGUGUCAAUUGUUGUUGUAUUGUGUUUGAAACAUACAAUUGGGCAGUAUUUGGGAUGGGCUUAUUAUUUGAUUGUUUUGGGAUUCAUCCUUUCCCUUUCGGUGUUUUUAAUGAGACUGUUGAGGUACAUCAUCUUACCACAAACUAGCGGUGGCAAUACAGUUCACAAUAACUCGGUUGUUACUAGUACUCAAAGGAAGAUGAGAAUUCAAUUCUUGUUUGUAUAUUCUGUGGUUAUUGAAGGAUUUAUAUUCCUUUACAUGAGUAAGUGA